CCCCAAAUCAAGCUUCAGUUCUGACAUCACCAUUGAUCGAAUCGGAGGUCCAAUUCUUCCUACACUACACACUGUGCACUCGAUCUUUCUCCAGAAUGAAAACAUAAACGUUACCGCUCUGGUGUCCUUCCCAUAGCGACCUGUGGUCGCAACCUUGUGGAAGAAGGUUAGCACUCGAUAUUGAAGCGACUCGUUAUCGGAUAGGAGCUCCGUGAUGGACCCCGCAAGCGGGAGUGAGGGCUCCUCAGCCCCGGCCCAGAAUGGCCAGCCGGAAGAUGGAUCUGGGUUCAAGUUGAAGUUCUGCACCGUCUGCGCGAGUAACCAGAAUCGGUCAAUGGAAGGGCACCUCCGCCUAGCUCAGGCCAACUUCCCCGUUAUCUCGUUCGGUACUGGAUCUCUUGUGCGCCUACCCGGGCCGACCGUCACUCAGCCCAAUGUCUACAAGUUCAACGAAACCUCGUACGACAGCAUCUACCGGGAGCUCGAAGCCAAGGACCCCAGACUGUACCGGGCGAAUGGCCUGCUUAACAUGCUGGGGCGGAAUCGCCUCAUCAAGUGGGGCCCUGAGCGGUGGCAGGACUGGAACGUUGGUAUGCCAAGAGUGAAGCACGAAAAGGAUAAAGGAAGCGUGGGCAUGGAAGGAGGCGUGCCGGAUGUUGUUAUCACCUGUGAGGAGCGUUGCUGGGAUGCCGUCGUCGAUGAUCUGCUGAACCGGGGCUCGCCGCUGAACCGGGCCGUCCAUGUCAUCAACAUUGAUAUCAAAGACAAUCACCAGGACGCUUCGAUUGGAGGCGGGGCCAUUGUAGACCUCGCAGAUUCUCUGAACAAGGCUGCUAUGGAAGAGCGCGAGAAAGUCGGAGCCGCCGCGUUUGAUGCUGGGGGCGCUGCCAGCAGAGCAAGCUUCGACGAGCGGGUCCCUGAAGUCUUGGCCGAGUGGCAGCAGAGGUGGCCGGAUCUCCCUUCGACAUGGACUUUAUCUUGGUUCUAAGGGGUCAUGCCAGUGUCAUGGGACUUAUCUCUUCCGUUUUCCAUUUCCAUCGGUGUUGGGUGUCCAUAUUUGCUAGCGGGCGUUGGGGUAGAGAACAGAUACCAGAUAUUCAGCGAUGAGUUAUUACCAAUGUCAUGAUGAUCCAGCUUAUACCGGAUAGAAUAUAGUGUCAAUGCGCUAACAGAG